AAACGAAAUUAGUGUUUACAUUUUCCGAAGCAUAACGUUAGGCUUUUGGUUGAGAAGAUUAGCUUGCUCGCUAGCUAGGGGAACCGACACUGCACAAAUCAGACUUUAUGGCACAGACUAUUCCUCUCUCUUGAAUUCGUUGGGAACUUGGGCUUCCCUAGGGAGUUCGAGUCCAGUUGGCUCUUUAUCGUCAGAGGACCAUGACUUUGACCCAACAGCAGAAAUGUUAGUUCAUGAGUAUGACGAUGAGAGGACUUUGGAGGAGGAAGAGUCUUUGGAGGGAGAGAGGAAUUUCAGCUCGGAGAUUGCAGACCUGGAAAAGGAGGGGAACAUGCCUUUGGAGGAGCUGUUGGCCAUCUAUCGCUAUGAGGCUUCAGCAGGCUCCAGUAUAGACAGCUCCUCUGGAGACCUGACUGACGAGCUGCCAGAUAUGACUCUAGACAAAGAGGAGAUAGCUAAAGACCUGCUGUCUGGGGACUAUGAGGAGGAGACCCAGUCCUCGGCUGAUGAUCUGACCCCUUCAGUGACCUCCCAUGAGGCCACCGAUUUCUUCCCAAGAACACUUCGAUCCAACGCUAUCUCUGACGGCGAUAAGGAGUCAGAGUGUGACGAAGAUGGCCCAAGCCCGGAGGACUCCAGAAAGGAAAUAAUGGUGGGAACACAAUACCAAGCAGAAGUCCCUUCUUGCCUUUGUCACUACAAAGAUGGAGAGAAAGUUUAUGAAGAUGAAGACCAGUUAUUAUGGAGCCCGGGUGUAUUGCCAGAAAACAAGGUUAGGGGUUUCCUGUCUGAUGUGUUGUCAAGGACAACAGAGGAGAAGACGGGAUGCGACAAACCAGGGAUGCACGUUCGAGACAAUGAGCAGGCUUUGUAUGAGCUUGUAAAGUGCAACUACAACACACGUGAAGCACUCGACAGAUACUGCAGCCAUGUAAAGUCCUCAAAAGAAGAAUCACCUCCAUGGUCAGAAGAGGAAUGCAAGAACUUUGAACAUGCACUACAGAUGUAUGACAAGAAUUUUCACCUCAUACAGAAACACAAGGUUACAACACGAACGGUAGCAGAAUGUGUGGCGUUUUACUACAUGUGGAAAAAGUCGGAGCGCUUUGACUUCUUUGUUCAGCAGAAUCGGUUUGGCAAGAAGAAGUACAGCAGCUAUCCCGGUGUAACUGACCUGAUGGACCGGCUGGUGGAUGAAGCUGAGGGACUGGCAGUGGACAGUUCCUCCUCAGUUUGCUCAGGAGGAGGUGGCGGCGGGAGGCUGGAACCUACCACCGACCAGCAGCUCAGCCUGCUCAACUCCAUCACUGCCAGUGACCUCACAGCUUUGAGUAACACUGUAGCCACAGUGUGCAGCCCUGCGGAGGUCAGCUGCCUGGAUUCCUACAGCUUCCCCCCUCUAGAGAGUCUACACCGUGGGUCUCUGAACCAUGAGGAGUCCCUGGGCUUUCCUUCCAACGGAGCAGACCCUGACUGCCUCAACAUGCUUGACGCUGGCUUCUACCACUCAGACCUGGGCCAGCUAGGAGGAGUAUGUGUAAGUAAGGACUGUGAGCGCCCCUCCAAGAGACUUAAGAUGGCGCUGCCUGACUCCUUUAUCAAUGAUGUCUCUGUGGGUAACCUUGGAGUGGACUUUGAAGGGCGGCGGACAACGACACACCACCACCGAAUCACCGGUGCUAAAAUGGCAGUGUCUGUGACAGACUUUGGGAGCUUGGCUGGCAGCGGUGAACCCAAUGGGUUUUUGGGGGCACACGCACGGCACCACACACAGCACACCACGGCGCUCCAGUCAGAGUGAUCUUCCUUUUCUCUUUUUCCUGUUCUUCCCUUUUGAAACCCCUUAUUCUGCUUGUACAUAAGACUCAUCUCACUGGAGAAUCUGAUUUGUUUAAAUUCUAUUAUAUAUAUAUGUAUGUAUAUGUAUAUAUAUAAAUAUAUACAUAUAUAUACAUAUAUAUGUAUAUGUAUAUGAAUAUACUUUUUGUUUUCAUUUUUGUGUAAUAUGACAUCAGUGAUGUCUAUCAUAUAGAACUAAAAUCUUGAUUUCUCUCAAGAGUUUAUAUAGCCAUUUAUUUUAUUUUUGUUUUGCGGUCUUGAGAUGUGUAACGUCCAUGUACAGUGGGGCCCAGAGGCUGCAGUAGGAGAGUUGUGUAUCUUCCUCCUUUCCUCACACACAUACACACGACAUCUUCAGAGCUAUCUUAUCCUGCCAUUGUUUUCAGCUGCCAAAAAACAGCUUCGUUGUCUGACUCUAUUGUUAGUGUUUAGUUGCUGAUCUUUGUUGUUUGAAGUGGUACUUUUUAAAUUCAGUGUUUAGUUUACAGGUACUUUGAGUAACCAGGCAGGGACAAAUGGUUUAAAUUCAUCCCAACGUAAAACCUGGCUAGAUAUGAAAAGCGACACUCAUCAGCAAGGAGACCAGGAGGCGUCGGGCACAGGAUCACUUCAGCUGCUACGGCCUUUCUUUUUGGUUGUAUUUUUCCUCUUUUGCUGUUCUCUCCCUGUGGAAGUUUAUUCAGUAGUUAGUCUGCUUGUUUACUUUCCAACAAAUCAAAGAGGCCAAACUGGAACAUGUGAAUGUUUAUAGCAGUCACUGAAUUUUCAUCCUGUGUAGUCCAGCCCAAAUAAUGGUCCCUCAUAAAAUUUUGUUCCUGUCACACUCUGAAGCAAGUGAUUUAGGACACCCGUGUAGAGAAACAUAACAGGAGCCACCUCUUUUUACAGAUAUGAGAAGGAUAUCAGACAGACUUGCAAACCAUGUACACAGCAAUAUUGAACUGCACAAGAUGUUUGGGCGAACAGCCAUCAAAGCAUAGACGUCAUCAGGCACAGUAAAAUAUAUAACUUAUAGUUUUACUUGGGUUGUGAGGCAGUUUUGGAAAUACUUAAAGCUCGUCAUGAUUUAAAUCAUGAUAUUCUUAGUAGAGUUCUCAUCGGGCCUGAAAAUUAAGACCCGACCCGACCCGGGCUCGACUGGGCCAGCCCGAGGCCCGACCCGACCCGACUAAUUAGCCGAACUAUAGGCCCGACAGCCCGA